AUGCAGAAUGAGGUCGAUCAAAAGGAUAGGCAAUUGUAUAGAGCUAAGAGAGACACUAAAAAAGCGAUGAUGAAAAGGGAAAGGGCUGAAGUGGCGUUGAAGGUCGUGGAGGAGGAUAUGAAAGAAGUUGUUGAAGUUGCGGAGAAGUUGGCAAAAGAAUCGGAGGCUCAGGAAUCGUUACUAGUAGAAGUUAAAACUGAAGUGGAAGUAUUUAUGGCGGCUUUUAUGAAGCAGGAGUCGAUUGAUCAUCAUAAGAAGAUGGACUAUAGAGGGUUGUUGGUGAAAAGUGAUGAACAACAAAAGGAGUUGCAGGCGUUGGCUAAAGCAGAAGCUGCUGCAAGUCAAAGGGAAAGGCUCCUCGUGGGCCAACGAGAGAAGCUCCAUCACGACACGGAUGCGAUGAGGAAGUUGUCCAAGCAGGCUUUAGGGGAAGUGCAGAUGAAGAUGGCGGAGGAGGCGGAGCAACGCAAGCGGUUGGAGAGGUGUGGCUUACGGCAGAAGGAAUGUAGAUCUGCUUAUGAGAUUAUCAGGAAUGAGCGGUCGAAAUAUCUAAAACUGAUACAAACAGCGUCACAGCGGAUUAGCGAGAUGGAGGAGAAAUAUCGGCUGUUGAAUAAUGAGGCUGAAGUUUUGCGGGGGGAAGAGGGUGUUAAGGAAAAAGCUCUUGCGAAGGUUAGAGCGGAGGCUACUAAGCAGCGAAAGAUUAAGGAGAAAUUGCUGAAGGAAUAUAAUAGUAUGACGAAUACUGGUCACGAGUUGAACGAUGAAAUUGAGCAUAAUGUGGCCUGUAUUGACAAGUCGAAUAGUAUGAUAAAAAAAUUGGAGAGAAAAUUGGAAGAUGUCGAUGAAAA